AUGAAAACCAUCACCAUUGACCGCAACAAACGGCUUCGGCAAGAGGCCAGCCUCGGGCACAACCGAUGGCACCCCGACAUCCCGCCCAUCUUAGAGGCGGAUCCUGGUGAGGAGGUGGUGCUGGAAACCCGCGAUGCCUCCGAUAGCCAAAUCGUCCCCACCAUGACCUCUGCCGACUUGGGCGGCCUGGACGCCAAGGUCGGCCACCCUCUCACCGGCCCGGUCUACGUCAAGGGCGCAGAGCCCGGCGACCUGCUGGAAAUCGAAUACCUGGACAUCGUGGCGCAGCCCCGCGGCUGGACUCGCAACCGCCCCGGCGCUGGCUUCCUGCGUGAUGUCUUCACCGAGCCUUACCUGGUCCACUGGAAUAUCUCCGAUGGCUGGGCGACCUCCGAGCAAAUUCCGGGCGUGCGCAUCCCGGAUGGGUCAUUUAUGGGCACUGCCGGGCUGGCUCCAUCGCACACCCAGCUGGUGGCCUGGGCCGAGCGCGAGGCGGAUUGGGUGCGGCGCGGCGGGCAGGCGGCGCCCCCGGACCCGGAGGAUGCCGUUCCCGCUGGUGGCACGAUCGCCAACGAAGGUCUCCGCACGAUUCCACCCCGCGAAAACUGCGGCAACGUAGAUGCCAAACAGCUCACCAAAGGCUCGCGCCUGUUCGUCCCGGUGGCGGUGGAUGGUGGCCUGUAUUCCGCCGGCGACGGCCAUUUCGCCCAAGGCGAUGGUGAGGUGUGCAUCACCGCGAUCGAGAUGGGCGCCACCGCCGCGGUGCGUUUCGUCGUGCACAAAGGCGAGGCCGCAAGACAUAACAUGACACGUUUCCAAGGUUCGCCCAUCCCGACUAUUUCCUGCCUCCAGAAUGGGCGGCGCCCCGCAACUUCAUCGCCACGAUGGGUUUCCCAAUUCGGGCCGAUGGGACUCAGGAAGGGGAAGGAAGCCUGUCGCUGGCGGCCCGGAACGCCCUGCUCAACAUGA